AGCCAGCUAAGAGCUUCUCAAAAGAAUUUAGGACCAUGUAGGCAGCUACCGGCACAGGACAGCUUCUGUUCACUUGUUUUUCCUUUCCUUAAAAUAUAAGAAAUACUUAUUAAUCAUCACAACUACCCGGCAGGGAGCUAUAAUGUCAUUUACAUGUCCAGCUACUCGUCGGAGCAGCGGAGUUUUCUUUUGCCAAACUGGAAUUACACUCACACCGUAACAGACAGUGGACAGAGACAGACCGAGAAGGCUCUACAGACAACAUGUCCACCAGUACCAUCAGCCAACCCUGCAAGCAGGAGAGAAAAGGCAGCUUCUUCAAGCUGAUCGACUCAUUUGCAGUGGAAAUCGGCACAUUGAAGAAGGAAAUGGGGAAAAAGACUGAGCCUGCAGAAGGAGACCCAAAGACAGACACACUCCUUGGACUGGGGGAAGAGGUGGGAGGUCUCUUCCUACAGGCUUCCCCUUGUGCUGGGAUCAGAGCGAGAGAUUCGGGCUACGAUUCCCUCCAUCGGCGGCUCAAUGUUCUGGACAGACUGGUGCAUACACAUGCUGUGUGGCUACAGCUGGGGCUCAGCCACCAGGAUGCCACAAAUAUACUGCAGAGCCAACCCACUGGGACAUUCGUGGUGAGGAAGUCAACCAGCCUGCAGAGGAAAGUAAUCUCUCUACGCAUGAACGAAGACUCUGCAGUUCCCGUCAAAGACUUCCCUGUGAAGGAGAGCCAGUACACUUUCUCUUUGGUGGGAUCAGGCCUGAGCUUUGCAGACCUUUUCCGUCUGGUGGCUUUCUGCUGCAUCAGCAGGGAUGUGUUGCCCUUCACUCUGAAGCUUCCAGAAGUCAUCGCUUCAGCCAGAACGUCUGCUAAUCUUGAGGAGGUUGCUAAACUUGGCGCAGGCUUCUGGGAUGCUCAGUUGUGCCACAGGAGGAAGGGCUCAGUCUCCUUUUCAGGAAUAGCUGCUCCUGACAGACCACCUCCCCCCUUGGCCACCACCCCAGGGCGCCCUCUGCUUCGAAUUCGCACCCCAUCGGAGCUUGAGUGUUGCCAGUCCAACAGAGCACUUUGCUUUAUCAACCCGCUCUUCAUAAAGGUUCAUCAACUAGAUUGCAAAAACAUCACCACUUCAAAUCCCUCUGGUACAGAAAAGCCAGGCCUGAGGGAGGAUCCCGUUAGCUUCAGCCUAAACACUCAACACUCCUGUAGAGACAGUUCUCAGGUCUGCAGCUCAGAUCGAAGUGACAGCAGCCAAUCAGGUCAAAGCAACCUUCAGAGCCUUGACAGAAACUCAAAGCUACAGGACGACCAAACCAGCUUUCGCAGUCAGAAGCUAAGUGCAUACAGUGUGCCGCGGUCCCCACCUCCACGUCCACCCCCACCUCGCCUUGUGUCGCAAAUCUCAGCCCCCCCUCUACGACAACGCAGUAUGCCAGAGAAGAUCUCCUGGAUCAACGUCCCCAAGGAGAAGGUGGAGGAGAGGGGCAGCAGCCUCCUUUCUCGUCUGGGCUCCUCGCUAAGCAUCAGCCCCUCAUCCUCCCCUCCCAAGAGGCUCAGCAUCAGCUCCCCCAUAUCCAUACCCCGACCCUCCCUUCCCAUUUCACUACCAUCGCUCUCCUCCUCUUCACGUCAGGCCAAGGCCUCACCAUCCUCUAGCCAGGAGGAUGCCCAGUGCCACUUGGCGCUGGAGGACCAGACUAUUGAGAAGGCCGUCAUCAGGGCCAGACUCUCUCAGCGUAAUGCUGCCAGAACCCACGCCCAGGACUCCAGCAGUCCUCCAGACUCUUCACUGAUGAUAACAAGCAAGCAAGCAGAUGCUACAGGAGGAGAAGAAGAAGAAGCAGGCAAAGAAUGCAGUGGGGGCGGCCAGCGGCUGAGUGACAUGAGCCUUUCUACAGAUUCCUCAGAUUCUCUGGACUUCUCUCAGUCCUCAGCCUUCUUCCUUCCUGACCUGCAUGACCCCAGUCCCCCCACUGUGGCUGACUUUAACACGCACCUCCCCCUCUCCAUCCCACCAUCCCAUAUGCCUUACUGCAGCAUGGAGGAGGACGAUGAUGAUGAGGAUGACGAGGAUGAAGAGGAGCCUGACUAUGGCGUCAGUCUUGAGAGCGACCAGGACCAAGACCAGGACCUGACUAUGGUGCCACCAGGCCACCGCACAAAGCGCCGCCCCAGCGGCAGUGCUUUAGUUCUGCAGAAGGCCCUGCGAGGGCACCUGCGUAAAAUGAGUGGUGUUUUCAACUCACUGCUGACGCCUGAGAAGAGGGCGAUCCGCAGGGUGAUGGAGUUGUCCCGGGAUAAAGGUUCGUACUUCGGCUGCCUGGUGCAGGACUACCUGAGUUACAUGGGCGAGGGUGCGGGCACCCAGGCUUGCCAGGGCUACGCCUCCGGACUGGAGAUGCUACAGACUCUCCGUCAGUUUAUCACUCAGAUGAAGAGCUACCUGAGACAGAGCUCUGAGUUGCAGCCACCAAUCGAGAGCCUAAUUCCUGAAGAUCAGAUCGACCAAGUCCUAGAGAAGGCCAUGCACAAGUGCAUCCUGAAGACCCUCAAACCGGUGGUGAGCGCGGCCCUGCAGGAGUUCCAGGUUCGCAGCGGGGAGUGGCAGGAGCUGAAGGAGAACCUGUCAUUGGCCAGGGCCCGGCAGCCUCAGGAAAUGGGCGUAGCUGACGCGCUGCCCCCGGACCCCGUGGCUAUAGAGAAGAUCAAGCACAAGUUCCACACCAUGAGUAAACUGUACUCCCCUGAGAAGAAGGUCACCAUGCUGCUGAGAGUCUGCAAACUCAUCUACACCAUCAUGGAAGACAACUCAGGUCGCUUGUAUGGUGCUGAUGACUUCCUGCCCAUGCUGACCUACGUGUUGGCCCAGUGUGACAUGCCCCAGCUGAACAAUGAGAUACUUUACAUGAUGGAGCUGCUGGACCCCUCUCUGCUGCAUGGAGAAGGUGGCUACUACCUGACCAGCGCAUAUGGAGCCAUGUCUCUGAUUAGACACUUCCAGGAGGAGCAGGCAGCCAGAGUGCUGAGCUCUGAAACCAGAGACACACUCCACCAGUGGCACCGCCGACGCACCACCCUGCGCUCUGCACCGUCCAUCGAUGACUUCCAGAACUACCUGCGGGUGGCGCUGCAGGAGCUGGACAGCGGCUGUACAGCCAAGACCCUACAGGUCCGACCUUACGCCCCCGUGGAGGAGGUGUGUCGCCUGUGUGCCCAGAAGUUUAAAGUGUCGGACCCUGAGAACUAUGGCUUGUUCCUGCUGAUGGAGGGCAGCAGCCAGCAGCUGGCACCGGACACCCACCCUCAGAAGAUCAAAGCUGAGCUCCACAGCCGCUCACAGGCCACUCCCUUCCACUUUGUCUUCCGCCGCAUGGCCAAAAGCAACACCUCGUCAUCAGCUCCCCUUACACCCAACCUCAACAACUUCACUGUGACCUCUGACCCCCUGGACAACCUCAAUGACCUCAGCAUUAACCUGUCACACCACUCCCCCCAGCCCGCUCUCAGCUCAGGCCUCAGUCCUACUCUGAGCCUCAGCCUGCCGACCAGCCACCUCAAUGCCAACUCUAUAUCCAUAUGACUGUAACAGGGGCUGAUCGACAGGGUCUUUGCCUCCCAGCUGUGACAGUACGGCCCAGUAUCUCUAACAAACAUGUUGAAAGGGUUCGACUGAGCAAAACGCUGUGUCUUUACAAAGCCUUACUUCUCGUUUUGGAUAGCACCUCCGUCUCAGUCAACAUUCCCCUUGAUGGAAAGUUAUGUCAGACAGACACGGGUGAAAGAGGAAAAUAAGAAAGGAGUAAAGUAUUUUUUUUUACUUCCAUGGCUCUACAUUUGGCUUCAGAGCUGCACUUUGCUGAACACGGCUCUUAAGUGUAAACACACAAUUAAGGUAGAGAUGUUGAGUUGUGUUCACAGUCUUGCCUUAAUUCUGGUGCUUUACGUGCUUCAGGGUCAGCUGUUCUUGUUGAUACCUUUAGGGUACACAGAGGGAAAUCAGAUCUGUGAUACAUGUAAGUAAGCUUUGAUCAAUCAUUUUAAAUCUACAGCAGAUCGUUUAUUUAGUUAAUGGAUAUUAAUAUGAUUUACUUACAACAGUUGCUGGUAAACUGUUAUUAUGUUGUUUGUGUUUUGAAACUGUUAAUCCCUCAGAUUGUUUAUAUAUUUGUGAUGGCUUUGGCAACACCCAGUGGUGACUGGUGCACACAGCAAGAGUUCCAUCUGAAACACAACAUUUAUGGCCUCAGGUGUAAAGAAAUAAGCCUUACUGCAACAAAAUUCAUCGGAAGAAAAGGAACUCAACUGUACAGCUAAGAACACACACUUGUAAUGUAAAAACAAAGUUUAGAAAGUGCUGUAGCAGGGUUAAAAACCUAUUUACCAACGCACAACUUUUCUUAUACCUUGCGGCAACUAGUCUACAUGCAGUUAUUGUACUCCUCAUUACUAGUAAAAGUGCUGUACAUAUACAACCUCGACAAACCGGCAGGCACUAAAAGAGUAUUGCACCGAUUUAGCAUUAAACUUCUUUAACACUGUCAGAAAUGUUCAUGAAAGUAUCAAAAUCAAUGCAGCAGAACCAGUGAUAUCGUCUUUUACAUAUGCAACAUUACCCACAGUGUAAAUGCUCUUUAAUUUACACAAUAUCUAUGGUGCCAAAAGUGUGGUGCCAAUGAAAAAAGAGACACAAUUUUGCCUUUUUCUUUGUAUACUUGUUUGAAUAUCAGAGCCUAACUGUGCCUCCUUUUCUGUUUUGACUUGACAUUGAAAGAUAAUCGAAUAACAGUGUAUUUCUUUGUCAAAUCUUUGCUCUGGCUACUGAGCCACGGCUAAUUUCCUUCUGCUUUCGACAUGCCGCAUUUCCUGUGCAUUUGCAGGUAGAUGCCAGCAUUAUCAAUGAGAAGUAUAAUAUAUAAUAUGGCAUUUUUAUAUGAUAAUCUUGAGAAUUAACAUUUUUAAAAUUAGUCAAAUAUUGCUCUUGCAUGUAGUUUGUGUUUAAGUGUAAUGUUAGAAACAGGCAAGUCUGCCAGUGUUUAAGAAAAUGUAACAUUCAUCUAUCUAUUGACUGAUUAUCCUGGUGAUAUGAAUGAUACUGUAUCAUACCUGAUAUAUUGCUUUUUAAAGGGUAUCUUUUCCACAGAUUGACAAUAUGUGACCGAGGAACAACUGUGGCUUCAGCGUUACAAUUUUGACAAGUCUCUGUACUACUGACAAAUGUUAAAGGUUUUUAUCCUGGUGGAAAAAAAUGUGGUCAGUUAUAAAAAACAGAUGUGUGGAAUCAAAGCUGGUCUGAGGUCACAGUGAAACGUGCUGUAUAUUUGGAAAGACAAAUGGAUGUGAGGACACAGUAGGCAGGAGAAGGACAUGUACUGGGAUAGUCUCUCUCUGCUCUACAGUCUACAUCAGUAUUGAAUUUGGCACUGUAGGUUUGAAAAAAAUACUUGAAAAUUUCUUAUGAAUUUAAAGCUUCCAGUUGUUGGAAAAUCUAAUUGAAAUGCUGUUUCUUCACUGAGUAUUGAACAUUAAUUCCUGUUGUACAGUGACAGAGGUAAAUGUCUGAGGUGUGGUUAGUGGAGAGGAAACCUGAGAGCUUUUGGAGGCAGUUGAGUAGCAUUAAUGUCAUUCAUCUUCUGUAAUUAACCUUAAAGUAGCUAACCAUGUAUGUAAGGUCUGGGUGCGAAGUGUUCAUCGUUUGACUUGACUCAUACUGCCAUAUUUUCUUUGAUAAGCAAAGUAAGUAUUUAUAGGUCUCUGUGCUGGGUUUUUUUUCACAGAUGGCUUUUACAUUUCUAUAAUGUUCUUUUUAGUGUCAAAGUGUCAUUUGCUUUGAGGAGACAUCUUCCUGUUUAUGAUUUGUCAUUGAAUGAUAUCAUAAAUAUUCUUUUGCACUUAAUAAAUAUUGGAAAUGGAAUUACA